AGAUAGGACUUGCAUUAUACAGAGGACCUCAUGCACUCGUAGAGAGAGGCGGAGAGCGUACUACAUAUACGCACAGGAGACGAUACAGAGGAGCACCCCAUGCACUCGUAGAGAGAGGCGGAGAGCGUACUACAUAUACGCACAGGAGACGAUACAGAGGAGCACCCCAUGCACUCGUAGAGAGAGGGAGAGCGUCAUACAUACGCACAGCAGACGAUGAUUGUGGCGGGAGAGAACGACGGGGUGGUCGGCGUUGCCGCCACACCGCGACACGGCAGCAGUGAGCUCAUCAACCCUCCACGCACACUGCGCCGUCCGGAUACGGAUCUGGAAGCCUGCAUCAUCGACGGGAAAGUAACCGCACCGCCGCUCCUUCAGCUAAUCCACUCAGUCAGUGGUCAAGUCAGUUGUGCCAAGUCAGUCAGUGGUGAAAGCAGUGGCGAAGUUACUUGUGUCAAGUCAGUCAGUGGUCAAGUCAGUUGUGCCAAGUCAGUCAGUGGUGAAAGCAGUGGCGAAGUUACUUGUGUCAAGUCAGUCAGUGGUGAAAUCAGUGGUCAAGUCAGCUGUGACGACAGACGCGUCCCGCAGGAUCGGCGGAUCCCGGAACUGGGCGGCAGCGUGCAUGGCGGCCACGUCGUCCCCGCACGAGAGGAAGCCACCGUGGUGGGCCGCAUGGGAGGAGCGCCAGGAGGAGACUCGGGGCUCGGCGGCGGCGGAGGAACAGGAGGGGACUCGGAGCCGCCUCCUCGGAGAGCAAAACCCAGGAGGCAACGGCAGCGCGGCGGCGGGAGAAGGAGUUACGGAUGUCACAGCUGCGCGGAGCAGUUCACGCAACUCGCCGAUGUCAUACGUCACGUCAAGACUCACGAGAUAAGCUCCGGGAGGCAGCCGAAGCAAUCCGUGGACGCGCGUGCGAGGCAAGAAGUGGCGCCAACUGGCGUUCCCGACACCGCAGCGCUGAUGGAUCGCAAGAGCCACGCAUGCGCGGCCGACAUCGCGUCCGCCCACGUGACCGCGGACAACGCGCGGAAGCCUCACCUGGCGGUCACCACCGGGGUUGAGAGCCGCGGUAGAAACACCGGAGCAUCCGAGCAGAGCGCGACUUCACGCGACUUAGCGACGCCUUGCACGAAGCCGGCGCUAGUCGUGGCGAUGACGUCACCGCUAGCGAGUCACGUGUUGCUGCCAGUCGGUCAGCUCGCUGCGACGGAGAAACGGAGGCUGCUGCCGGUAGACGGCGCUUCGGGCGCCCCGGCCAACAAGCGCAGCCGGGAUGCCGACAGACCGCGACCUCACGCGUGCGCAACCUGCGGCGCGGCCUUCCACACUAAGCUGCUACUGAAGGCGCACGGGCGCGUGCACACGGGCGAACGCCCCUACAAGUGUCAGCUCUGCUCGGCCGCCUUCUCCUGCAAAGCAAACCUCACCUGCCACGUGCGCACGCACACGGGCGAGCGACCGUACAAAUGCGACGUAUGCUCGGCGGCGUUCUCCCAGGGCGGACACCUACAGAAGCACGCGAGGAUCCACACGGGCGAGAAACCGUACGCGUGCAACAUCUGCGGGUCCUCGUUCUCUCAGUCCAGCUACCUGACUGUGCACCGCUGGGUGCAUUCAGCAGAGAAGCCAUUCAAAUGCUCGUACUGUGCGGUGGGGUAUAGCCGAGCGACCAGCCUUACGGCGCACCUCGCCCGCCUACACGACGUCCGUAGCGACGCACAGCGGCCGUACCAGUGUCUGCUGUGCACGGCCGCCUUCACCGACGUCAGGUUUCUUAAGAGACAUGUGACGGAGAUGUCGAAAACGGACGCGUCGCACAGAGACAACGCGUUGCAGCUUCAGCUCGCUUAUUCGUGCGUGUAAGAGUCGGGAAGCGCUCUCAGCUAGAGCAGUGUGUGAGGCGACGGUUGUACAUGAGUGUUAGAUGGAUGAUCAGGUGUCCAGAAGAGUACGUGUUACGACUAGUAGCUAUACUACUCGAGAUGUGUAUAGGAAAGCGCUUUCAACCAGAGCAGUGAGUGAGGGUUAGACAUACAAGUGAGGGCGACGGAUACAUUAGUGUUAGUAGCUCUCGUACUAUAUAUCCCUUGUUGCGACACGCAAAUGCGCCUGUGGCAACAAGGGCUAUAGUACUAGAGCAGGGGUUCUUAACCUGUGGUACGUGGACCAGUCACCUCUUUGGGUCCGUGGAUGGGCUUCAGGGGGUCCGUGAACCAGGCGCAUAAAAAAUUUUGUUUAUGUGCAUUUUUUUGCGGAGGGGUCGUAGCUUUCCCCAGAUUCUCAAAGGGGUCCAUGACUUAAAAGUGAAGAACUACGGUACUAGAGCUAUAGAGUGUUAGAUGAUCAUGUGUCCAGAAGAUUACGUGUUACUAUACUAGCAGUUACUCUACUCGAUAUGUGUAUAUAUUCCCUAUUAUUUACUUCUGGUAUAUAUGUAUAACCCUAAGAAGUCGUAGUGCUUUGUCAUCUCGCCCUCCAUCACUUCUAUUUAUUUAGUUUCAUUUGCUUUAAUUCAUCAGCAUUGUCAAUUAAUUUCUUUACAAAUCUAAUUCAUAAGUGCAAAUAAAGUUAAGUUGAAGUGAAUGAAUGUUGAAAUAAAACUACAUCAAUAAAAUUUUA